GUUUACAGUUUCAGCUAGUUUCCGCGGCGCGCCAGUAGACAGUGCCCGCUGCCCGGUGCGCCCGCGCCGCCCGUAUUCGUGCGAACACUCGUGCAGUGCGAAUGUACCAAGAUGCGAUCCGCGUUGCUAUGCGUUUUCUUCGCGCUAAUUAUAGAGAGAGGAAGCCGGGCCUCAGACGAUGACUUCAGGCCGAUACCGAUCCCGCUGGACGAGUGGAACUACGAGAAGCGCGACGCGCGCGUGGGCACGCUGCACGAGGCCAUCCGCACAGAGCCGCCCGCCGUGGCCGUGCCCGCGCACUACUGGGAGGAUGCGCUACGCCACAGCGUCUACCUGACCCUCGUGCGCGACAAGAUCGACCAGCUCAUCGCCCGCGGCGCCGUCGUCGAGCCCGACGCCAAGCCUGAAGCCUCCAAGGAGGUCGACGACCACGACCUCUGGGAGAAAAUCAAACGCGCCCCCUUCGACCGCAUCCAGGACGAGGACCACUCCCUGUUCGGCGACGUCACCAUCAUGGCCAGGGGACGGCUGAUCGAGGAGAACGGGGGCUUCCGCUUCGCUGAGGACGAACGAUCGAAAGAAGAGUGCGGCGACGACAAGUGCUUGGAGGGCGUCAAAGCCAUCUGGUCAGUGAAGCGCGUGCGGCAACGAGACGCCGAAACGUCUCCCGGGAGAUAUCAUUAUGAGUUGACCUUUUCGGUGAAUUCCCAACUCCCGAAAAGACAAAAAAGGCCUUAUGAAAAUCCUGUCAGAACUUUCACUGUGCGUGAAAAUACUCCAGACACGUUACUCGGGACUCCGCAGGAACGUUCCCAGGAGCGUCCCGUUUAUCAGCCGGCGGCGCGCCCGCAGACACCCCGGCCGCAAAGGGCGGUUUGGUUCCACAAAAACAUCGCUCCCAAGCAUUACAACAACCAGGGUCGAUUCUACAGUCACGGUCUAGACAGAAUAUUUUCCUCGUUCUUUUCGGACGACGACUCGUACCCCGAACCGCCUCCUCCCAGAUAUAAACCAAAUCCGUACGCGCCGCCCAUUUAUCAUCAAUAUUCUAAAGUGGGAUAUGUGGGAAUGCCGAGCGAUCAACAUCAACAGAAGCGACUAAUGCCGUUCGCGUAUAAACCUAACGUAUACAAAUACAGGCCUCCGCUGUCAGCUCCUCCUGUCGGUCACAUGCAGCACCAUUACCUCGACGUCGACGGGAUAAACCAUCAGUUCCCCAUGCAGCCCCCAGACCAUAGAUAUAUAUCACCUAGUAAUAUAGUGAAAACAACAAGACCUGCAGUUAUGCCUACACCGCCUAUGUCUCAUCCCAGUACGACACCUAAGAACGAAACCUUAGAUAGUACCAACGCUACAACCGUCGUAGAAGAAACAACAAAAAUUCCCGAAAUGCCCCCGGUUUACAAACCAUACACGAAACCUAGACCAAUGAAGGUUAGUUAUUUCUCGGAACAUGUCAGACCACCAAUUUACAAUGCCCCACCCGGAGUGUUCGUUACAAUGGAAGGUAAAAAGCCUUUUAAACCUAUGCCGCCACUAAAGUUCAGUCAUGCACCAAAGCCUCCCAAAAGACCUAUAGACUUCCGCCCGAGCCCCCAGCUCAUCGAUGGACAGUUAUUCUCAAAUCCAGAAACAUCACACGAGUCUGCCUUUAGGCCGAUACUUCCAAGUAACAACACAGAGUCUGACUUUGAAGACAUAGAAGUCUACCAUAGUGACAGACAUGGCGAUAAAAACACGCGAAAGCCAACUAGUAAGAAACCGCCGAAAAAACACGAAAAUAUAAAAUCACAACGAGUUACGACGACAGCGCCCGACAUCAUCACUGUGAAUAACGACUCCCAAGAAGACGACAUGCAAUGGGCUGACCUGUUGAGUGCUUUUACGAAAACUACGCCAAUGGACUCUCAUAAACCUAAGAGGCCGAUGACUGAGGAUUCGCAAGUAGACAGCAUAGAAGAAUCCACUCCUUCUAUGGAAUCGUCAAAUAAAAAGGCAACUACAUCCACAGAGGCGUAUGAAGAGAAAACUACCACUACGACUACUACUACAACCACGACUACCACGCCUGGCCCUAAGAAACGUACUCGUCCGCCGCACAAGUUCGUGAAACCGGAUAAAGUGAAGAAACACAAACGAGUCACAACCACUACGAAGGCACCCGAGAAGUCGACUAUCAAGAAACCAUCUGACUUGACACCACAGGCGAGUUCAGCCGCUACUGGAGCGCCCAAAACGUGGAAACCUAAAGAAAAAACAUCAACAACAACCACAGAGCAAUCUCCAACAAUAACUAGUACAACAUCCACCACCACCACGUCAACAACGACACCAGCGCCGACCACAAGAAGUUCCUAUGAAGAGACCACAGCAAAAACCGAGACUACCAAACCUACGCAACCCAAAAACAAAAACCGCUUCCGAAUAUCCACUUUAAUGCAAAAAGGCACUUCCGUAAAACAUGACCGGUGGAGCGUAAAUCAAAAUACCAACACAACCGAGAAAAAAGUCACACCCACUGGCAAAUAUCCACCCAGGAGGAAAGGAUCUAACUUCCAAGGAUACGGAAUGUCAACUACAUCUAGAUACACGACUCACGGGGAUGAGGUUCAAAAGGAUUCCUAUUCAAGUAGAUUUGAGACUAGCACCACUACUCCAGCCAGUACUGCUGCUAGUACACAAGCAGCCCCAGUGACGACGCAGCCUACUGACGACGAAACGAAUGACUAUUAUCACAAUCCCGCCGCUUACACACAGCACCACGACGACCGAGAAGAUGAUGAAGAUGAUAGUGAAGAAAUGGAGGAGGCAAAAAUUAACAAAAACGAUGAUCAACAGGAAGCCGAAGAUCACUCAGAAUUCAUUUUUGGUGUCACCUCAACUACGCCAAGCGAAAGAACUAACGAAAUCGAGGAAGAUAUAAUAGUCACAGAACAAACUGUUAUCACCACACCACAUAGCGUCCCGAAGAACAAGACUAAAAAAUGUAAAAAGAAGAAGAAAAAUCAUCAUCUAGUUUCUACGACGACGCUAUUCCCUGAACAAGAGGUGCUGGAAACAACGACACCCACUCCAAGUUCCACCAAAAGUUCAACAGGCAUAGAUUUACUUGAUGAAAUAUUAGACAAACUGAAUUACGACGAUACGACAGACAAUAUGAAGGAUAGUAAACCAAAACAGGAAUUAGACGAAGAGGAGAGUGAAAAUCACGAAAAGUAUUUGAAAAUUGAUGAGGACUUUGAAGAAUUCCUGGGUAAUUUAGACGGGAAUAGAAAGAACAGACAUCCCGACGAGGUUGAUGACGUGGAGUACGAAGACGAACACGAGACGCUGAUAGACGACGACGUGUCGCCGUUUGACAACGAGGACGUGAACGAAUCGUCCAGAGACACUAACGACAAGGACUACGACGAUUAUCGCGAGCGUUCGUACAGCUUACUAGAAUUAAUGGCCAUGGAAUAGACUGAUCUUUUUUCUUUACUCAAAUAAUACUCAGUUGUGCAGCUUUAAUCUGUAAUUCCUGUCGUCGAUCUCACGUAAACUGAACAAAAACGCCUCUGCGGGUGCGAUUCUUUUAAAUGGAAAGGUUUUAUAGCAUUACAAUUUUAAAGCAUUUAUUUAGAAUUGACAAGCUUUCACUGUUUGCACAAGUCCUGGUAAGACGUGUUACCGAAUGUACAUAUUUCCUGAAACUAGGUAAGUGUAGUCUUAGGUGAUAUAAAGUAUUUUUAUAAAAUAAAGAAAAAACAAAAAAUAUUUUG